AUGUACCGCAGUGUCGUCCUGCCGCGCUAUCCGACACACAGAGAAAUCUGCAGUACUGCAAAGUGUGGAGAGAGAGAGGGGAGCGCAAGAGAGAGGAGGGAGGGGGCUGGGAAAGAGGUACCGCACCAUCGUUAUGAGUCCAACUGGAGAGAGAGGAGAACGGGAGCGACGCAUUAUUGCAGUAUAGUGCCAUCACACAAACACACACACACACUAACGAAACUACCGCACUAACCCACAAACCGAUACACACCGAUUCGCUUCCACACACUCGCCGGGAGAGGGGGAACCACGGUGGUGUUAGAUCAUUCUAAAAUUCGACCACGGGAAAAUAGUGAAAGUAUAUAAUUGGGUAAUCUAAAGGAACAUGAAAUCAGUUGUGUUUAGCUUUUGAAGGGGAACGUGCUUGAUUUUGAGCAUCUCGACUCAGCAUCUUUGGAAUAUCACGACUUCUCUUGCAUAGAUUUAUUAUUUAAAGAAAUUCGCCAAGCAGCCUUGGAUUUAUCUCUUAUGGAUUUUACAAACUGAUUUUUCCUUUGAAAUUGAGAAUCUGUGUAUUCGUUCUUCGAGUGAAUUAUUACCCGACGCUUGCCUGGGUAUUGCGGUACUUUGGGGAUGACUUGCGGUGCAAAAGCAUCGCUUUGAGAUUACUGCACCAGCCUCUGCAUCCGUUUGUUAUUAACGCAUCAAUUUAAUCAGUCGAGUCUCUGAGGUUCUGGACAUCUUUGGACGACAGGAGAAAUUUUUCCCAUAGCUUUUUUGUGAUUUCGCUUCUUCUUUUUUUUUUACUUCAGACCCUUCCCCCCUUCGUCUCUCGCUCGCUCUCUCUCUCUCGCUCUCUCUCCCCCCCCCCCCCCCCCCCCCCCCCCCCACCCCCCACCGCUCACUGACAGUGAGUCAGUUCCAAGCAGCUGCAUAGAAGAUGUGAGUAUCAAUGCAGGGUUUCCUAUUUUUUACUUAUUCUAUUCAUUUUUUCUAUUCCCUAAACAUGAUAUCUUCUAAUAUGUUGAGUAUUUAAAUCACGUUGUUAGGCUCUUUCUUUGCUCUAUUGAUUUGUUCUAGCUUUAUUUAUUUUGCUGACGCAAGUCCUUUUCCCGUCACAGCAGCUCUGAAUAAUGGAUCUCGUCUACUUUAGUUGAUUACCCUCAGUCCUCUACUGGGUUUCAAAAGAAAUUCAUUUUUUUCUUGAUGAAUUUAAUUAAUAAUUGUCAUAUUUCAGCUGAAAUUAUGUUUUUUUUUCUUUAUACCAUAUGGUUCUAGGGAAUUCCAGGUUAUCAAAUGUCUGUGAAGUAUUAGAAAAUCAAUAUCAAUGUGAACUGAUUGGUCUGAGCUGAGGCUAAGACUGUGCAGGAUGUUUGUUUUCCUCUCCUGUUACAGUAGGAAAUACAGUAGGGUACUACGCAUGACAUCUGGGAUGAGAUUGUCCUGCACCUGCAGUAUAGAACAAGUUCAUGCCUUUCAAAUGAUGGCUAUAUUCUUCAUAUAUAUAUAUAUAUAUAUGGUGGAUGGAAUGGCAUUGCCUGUACUGUAUAUUUGGCUAAUUUCAAUAGUCUGAUUCAGGACCAACACCCCCAGAGGAGUCCAUGGAGGCUGUCUGUGUUAGAAUGCUCCCCCUCUCACUCCUCCCCUUUUUCCCUCUCCUUAUCCUUCUCUGAACCAAAUUGGUUGUUUGCCCCAUCUCUUUUAACCCUUCUUCCUUUUCUCUCUAUUCUCUCCUCUUAUUCCCUUUCUCAUUAUCCUCAUCUUCUUCCUCUCUCUCUCUCUCUGUCUCUGUCUCUGUCUCUGUCUCUGUCUCUCUCUCUCUCUCUCUCUCUCUCUCUCUCUCUCUCUCUCUCUCUCUCUCUCUCUCUCUCUCUCUCUCUCUCUCUCUCUCUCUCUCAGGUACAACUCUGACUUUAUCCCUUUUCUCCUACUCCUCCUCCCCUCAUUAUACUUGUCCUGCUGUGUUUUUGAAAUUUUAAUCUGAAUCUCUUUGAUCACUGAGUACUGUUUUUUGAAAACACUUUUACUUACAACACUUGUAAAAUGCAGUUGUUUCAGCCUGAAUGCACUUAAGUCACGACUGCUAAAUUAGUGAAAUGUUAAAUGUCCUCCUCCUCCCCUUCCCCCUCUCUCUCACAUCCUUCUCUUCUCUUCCUCUCCCCUCUCAUCUCCCCCAUUUAUUUUUCUUACCCUUCCUCAUCUCCCUCUUCCUGUCUCCCUCCUUCCCCCUCUCCUACCCCUCGCCCUCCCAUCUCUUCUCCUCUCCAUCCAUCCCUUCCUCUCUCUCUCCCCUUCCCAGGUCUGCCCCAGAUGCUGCUCCCCCAGCUGGACCUCCCGGAGCCCCAGGGGCCCCAGGAGCAGACGGAGCCCCAGGUGGAGGGCCCCCACCCCCUCCUCCCAACACCUCCAGCAACCGGAGGCUACAACAGACACAGGCACAAGUGGAGGAGGUGAUGUAGUGUGACAUGCACGUACAGUACCAACCAACCUGCUCUGGGCAUCGAUACCAUGCUCCUAACAGUACUCCCACUCGUCCCAAACCAUACAGUACAACAUUUUAGACUACAGCAAGUAGCUAGCUUGUCAAUCUGGGAUUGACGUCACAGCGUGAGACAACUAGCAGCAAUUAGGCCAGAUCUGGGCUGAAUUUCCAGUUGCUCCCUCCGCUCUGCACUUGUUCACUACUUGGUGUAAGCAAUAGCGCCACCUAGUUUCCCCCAUUUUGCUUUCAUUUAUCCAAUUCAAUGAAAAAGGGAGGGAAUGAGGGCAGAAGUAAAGUAAACCUUCUGGAAUGAAAUGCGUCCCAUGAGUCAAGCCAUAGAAACAGAGCUGAUGGAAAAGGAAAGGACAAAGAUUGCUUCUUUGUGCCGUUCUUUGAUUGUUGGGAAAUAUAAAAAUAGAGUAGCAUACUCUACAUUGCAGUUUGAUUUGUUUGACCAUUUAUUUCAGUAAUGUUUUGGCUGUGCAGCCUUCGUCAGGGUGUGGCUUUCUGGGAUCAACAUGAUAUUCCAUCAACCUGACAACAUGAAUUUGUCAUUUUAUUGCUGUGUGUUUUUAGUGUGUGCAUAAUGAAUGAAGCACUGAGAAAUGUUGUAACAAGUAUUCCAAAAUACAAUACCCACGAUAACAAUUUGGCUAGCAUAUGAUACAACAUGGCUGUCUAUGAUGAUGUUUUAUACAUUCUAUUUCUAUGGCCAAAGUUAUAUUAGCUAUUAACAUAAAGAAAAUAACAUGGUUGAUCAAUAUAUCUUAGUAAUGGACUGCACUGCAGCUUGUGAAUGGUUUCAUGCUGUAUUAAAUUGUGUGAUGUGGGCUUCUAUAGCUCAGGCUGUCAGUCAAUUCAAAGAACCAUCCAAUCCCUGUCUCUUCUCUUUUCCUCUUUUCUCUCUCCUCUCCUCCUCCUCUCCUCUAUUUCUCUCCUCCUUUUCUCUCCCUCCUCUCUCUCUCUCUCUCCUCUCUCUCUCUCUCUCUCUCUCUCUCUCUCUCUCUCUCUCUCUCUCUCCUCCUCUCUCUCUCUCUCUCUCUCUCUCUCUCUCUCUCUCUCUCUCUCUCUCUUCUCUCUCUCUCUCUCUCUCUCUCUCUCUCUCCUCUCCUCUCCUACCUUCCUCUCUCCUCUCUGCCCCCUCUCCUCUCUCCACCUCCCCCUCUCCUCUCCAGGUGGUGGAUAUUAUGCGGGUGAAUGUGGACAAGGUUCUGGAGAGGGACCAGAAGCUGUCGGAGCUGGAUGACAGAGCGGAUGCUCUCCAGGCCGGGGCCUCCCAGUUCGAGAGCUGUGCAGCCAAACUCAAGAGCAAAUACUGGUGGAAAAACGCAAAGGUAAUGACAGUGAUCAAUGAUGAUAUCAUUGGGGCGGCAGGUAGCUUAGUGGUUAAGAGCGUUGUGCCAGUAACCGAAAGGUCGCUGGUUCUAAUCCCCGAGCCGACUAGGUGAAAAAUCUGUCGAUGUGCCCUUGAGCAAGGCACUUAACCCUAAUUGCUCCUGUAAGUCGCUCUGGAUAAGAGCGUCUGCUAAAUGACUAAAAUGUAAAUGUAAAUAUCAUCAUUCACAUUAGCAGACACUUUCAUCCAAAAGCACUUAAAGUUAACAUAUUCAGGAGAACUGCAAGGUAUUGAUAAUGAUUAUAAUACGGUUAUUUAGCCAACUCUUUCUAUCCAAAGCGACAGUUUACUGUCAUAUAUUCAAGUUAGCAUAUAUAUUCAGUUGACUGUAGGUGGCCCAUGGGGGAAUAAUUCAGAGCCACAACGGUGGUGGUGUUGCGACGCCAGUACCACGCUCCACUAACCAGUACCACGCUCCACCAACCAGUACCACGCUCCACCAACCAGUACCACGCUCCACCUACCAGUACCAUGCUCCACCAACCAGUACCACGCUCCACCUACCAGUACCACGCUCCACCUACCAGUACCACGCUCCACCAACCAGUACCAUGCUCCACCAACCAGUACCAUGCUCCACCAACCAGUACCAUGCUCCACCAACCAGUACCAUGCUCCACUAACCAGUACCACACUCCACCAACCAGUACCAUGCUCCACCAACCAGUACCAUGCUCCACCAACCAGUACCAUGGUCCACCAACCAGUACCAUGCUCCACCAACCAGUACCAUGCUCCACCAAACAACUGAGCCAUGGAGGUGCAGGGCGCUGAGGCAGACACACAGCGUCUGUCCCGGGAAUGCUGUCCCCUUUCCCGCGUACUAAUCCCCUAAUUAGCGUCUGUGGGCGAGUGGAGCAAUGCUCCAGGAAAUGGGGAAAUAGGGAGGCUCUCACUGCAGAGUUUUCUCUACUGAAUAGCAUGCAGUUAUUCCUAGGAAUUGCAUAACAAUAGCACCAGAAAUACACUGACUGGACACAAGGGAGUGUGAUGAAAUGUUACGCUCUGCUUUCUGUUUGUCAUCAUUGUGCUGGGUUGGUGUGUGUGUGUGUGUGUUUUUGGUCAGCAGGACUAACGUUAAUCCACAGCGACUUCACCCCUGAAUAAAAAACAAAUGUUUCAUCAUCCUGAGGAAAAUCGAUCUGGUUUAUUAACUAUAAGAAUAUAAUAAUUAAUAAACUCCUUAACUCUCCAUUUCCUUUCUUUUUAGAUGAUGAUCAUUAUGGGUAUCAUUGGAGUUCUUGUGGUCGGAGUCCUUUUCUGUAAGUACCAUUAUUCACUUUCUCCUAUUACUAUUAAUUGAUACCCACCUGCAUGUAGUCAGUUAGACUUUUAAACUUAAUUUGGAAAUUUCUUGGCAUAUUAAUUAUUGUGCAGAUGACUAAAUGAAUGUCCAUACUUCUGUAUCGCAUUAGCGGAUACUCACACUGAUCUCAGGGCAGGUCUGCCGGUUUUGACUAGUAGAAGUGACUUUUCGUAGCAUGUUAGGAGAAUUAACGUGGCAGGUUAGGAGAAUUAGGUUAAGGUUAGGAAAAGGGUUAGGGACAGCUAAAAUGCUAACAAUAUCUAGCUACAACCAGGCCUGCCCUGAGAACAGUCUUGGUUUCCACUAAUGCGAUUCUGCAUCCAUACUAGUCAAGUGCAGUAGAUGUUAAGGUGAAGGCCACAGCUAUAAUCAGUGUGCACUUACAACAGGCCCAGGUCUGCCCUGCCCUGACUGUCUCCUAGUGCCUACUCUAUGUCAAUAAUUCAUGACAACUUAUUAAAGUAAAUUAUUUAUACAGUAUAAGGCCUCUGUUACCAGUCAUUCAGUAGAAACAAAUAUGUAGAUGUAGCCCACUGAAUGCAAAUAUAAUUAUUUAGCUGUUUCACACAUUGUUAGAUGUAUCUUCAGUUUGUGAUUUAGAAACCCAUACAUCUGCUGAUCCAAUUAUUUAAUGAUCUCUCCCUAACUCUUUCUCCCUAUCUCUCUCUCCCCCUCCCUCCCUCUAUCCCCCCUCUCUCCCCCUUUCUAUAUCUCCCUCUCUUUCUCUCCCCCUCUCUAUCUCCCUAUCUUUCUCUCCCUCUCUCCCCCUUUCUAUAUCUCCCUCUCUUUCUCUCCCCCUCUCUCUAUCUCCCUCUCUUUCUCUCCCCCUCUCUCUCUCCCCCUCUCUCUAUCCCUCUCUCCCCCUCUCUCUCCCCCUUUCUAUAUCUCCCUCUCUUUCUCUCCCCCUCUCUCUAUCUCCCCCCCCUCUCUCUCUCUCUCCCUCUCUUUCUCCUCUCCCCCCUCUCUCGUCCCCCUCCUCUCUAUCCCUCUCUCCCCCUCCCUCUCCCCCUCUCUCUAUCCCUCUCUCUCCCCCUCUCUCCCCCUUUUUAUAUCUCCCUCUUUUCUCUCCCCCUCUCUCUAAUCUCCCUCUCUUUCUCAUUUCUCUCUCCCCUCCUCGCUCUCCCCCUCUCUCUCUCCCCCCUCUCUCUAUCCCCUCUCUCCACCCCUCUCUUCCCCCUCUCCCUCACCCUUUCUAUAUCUCCCUCUCUUUCUCUCCCCCUCUCUCUAUCUCCCCCCUCUCUCUCUCUCUCUCUCUUCUCCUCUCUUUCUCUCCCCCUCCCUCUUUCUCAUAGUGUACUUCUUCUAUUGAGUUAUCCCAGCGUGGCAGAAGGACACAGACAUGAGAGCGAAAUAUGAGAGGGAAGAAGAAAACAAAAUCUAUACAAAUCCAAACUCCAGUCCUACCCCCUUUCAUCUCUCCACACCAGGUCUUCCAUCUAGCACUUAAACAUGACGGUAGUGUGUAGAUGUCAUUGCUCUCUUUUCUCUUUGUCCUCCUGCCCUUCCCUUCUUCUUGAUCCAUCUUUCUUCCUCUGUUUUGGCGUGCUGUCUCACUCACUCUCCUGCCUCUGCAUCUCAUACAUUAUUGAAGUGUGCGAGAGAGAGAGAGAGAGAAAGAGAGCGAGAGAGAGAGAGAG